CUCUACCUGUAAAUCUGCUGUGCCAUCUCCCAACAAAUGGACGUGACAGGCUACCGCCAGAGAGCGAGAAAAGCUAUAGCAGCUCCCGUACUCGAGAAAUUGUCUUCUUUCUUUUUAAACGACCUCUCAUUAUAAAAAUACAGCGAUAAACUGCGACCUUAAACGUGAGGCGCGCAUUCAACAGUGCGCGCUGCGGAGCCGAAGUAGCGGACCUGCUGGAAGCUACGCUGUUUAAACAAGGUGGAGCAGCGAGUGAAUCCAUCGACUGGUGAGGACAACACGCCUCUUCAACACAACAGAAAUAAUACUUAUAUAGUUUAAUCCGCCAGGACUGUCGAGGAAAUCGUGACUUGUUGCGGAGUUUGCAAGAAAACGAGAUUUUUACGCACAGAUAAAAGGAUGACGCGCAAUUCCAGCCAUGAACGCGCACCGUGAGGCGCACGACUGACGCCUUCAUUUCAAAAGAAGUUUUUAUUAUUGUGCUUGCGUCUGCUGUCGACUAAACUUUUACGUCCUUGCCUUGGUAAAGCCAGAUGAGAAGGCUGAGAGCAGCGGAAGGUGGUUGACUUAAUAUGGCUGUGCCGCUGGGGCAUCAGGGGGCGCUGGCCGGAGCUCCCCAAAGCGCCUGAAUCCCUGUUGAGUUGAUUGUUUUGGGGGGUUUGGCAGGUGACCAGAAGCCGAUAAUGCCGAAGAACAGGGAUAAAUUCAACCCGGACCCGUCCAUCCACAUAUCCAAGAUGAAUGUGAUCAUCCCGUUUUCAUCAGAUGUGCCCUGUGACAGCAACGGCCAGCGGAUGUGGUGGGCUUUCCUCGCCUCUUCCAUGGUCACUUUCUUUGGGGGUCUCUUCAUAAUCCUCCUGUGGAGAACUCUCAAAUACCUGUGGACUGUGUGCUGCCACUGUAACACCAAGAAGAAGACAGUCCAUCGGCUCACCACAGGUGAUGGCAUCAAGCGCACUGACAAGGAUGACCCGGCGGCCAGCGAGGUGGGCUGGAUGACCUCGGUCAAAGACUGGGCUGGAGUCAUGAUAUCCGCUCAGACACUGACAGGAAGAGUCCUGGUGGUGCUCGUAUUUGCUCUCAGCAUUGGAGCCCUUGUUAUAUACUUCAUAGAUUCCUCUGAUCCUAUCGAGUCCUGUCAGAACUUCUACAAAGACUUAACGUUGCAGAUCGACAUGGCGUUCAACGUGUUCUUCUUGCUGUACUUCGGCCUCCGUUUUAUUGCUGCCAAUGACAAGCUGUGGUUCUGGUUGGAGGUGAACUCAGUGGUGGACUUCUUCACGGUCCCUCCGGUGUUUGUUUCGGUGUACCUGAACAGGAGCUGGCUCGGCUUGAGAUUUUUAAGGGCCUUAAGGUUGAUACAGUUCUCAGAAAUUUUACAGUUUUUGAAUAUACUAAAGACAAGCAACUCAAUAAAGCUGGUGAACCUUUGUUCAAUCUUCAUAAGCACAUGGCUAACUGCAGCAGGCUUCAUUCAUUUGGUGGAAAACUCAGGGGAUCCUUGGGAAAACUUCCAAAAUUCCCAGGCACUUUCUUACUGGGAAUGUGUCUACUUACUCAUGGUUACUAUGUCCACUGUUGGCUAUGGAGACGUUUAUGCAAAAACCACCCUGGGCCGCCUGUUUAUGGUCUUCUUCAUCCUUGGUGGUUUGGCCAUGUUUGCGAGCUACGUCCCUGAAAUCAUAGAGUUAAUAGGAAACCGCAAGAAAUAUGGUGGUUCCUAUAGUGCUGUUAAUGGGAGAAAGCACAUCGUGGUCUGUGGUCAUAUAACACUUGAGAGUGUGUCCAACUUUCUAAAAGACUUCCUACACAAGGACAGGGACGAUGUCAAUGUAGAAAUUGUUUUUCUCCAUAAUAUUUCCCCUAAUCUUGAGCUGGAAGCCUUGUUCAAACGACACUUCACCCAGGUAGAGUUUUACCAAGGGUCUGUCCUAAACCCACACGACCUGGCCAGAGUCAAGAUUGAAUCAGCUGAUGCUUGUUUGAUCUUAGCCAACAAAUACUGUGCGGACCCUGAUGCUGAGGAUGCAUCAAACAUCAUGAGGGUAAUAUCUAUCAAAAACUACCAUCCAAAGAUCAGAAUAAUCACUCAAAUGUUGCAGUACCACAAUAAGGCCCACCUUUUGAACAUCCCAAGCUGGACCUGGAAGGAGGGAGAUGACGCCAUUUGUCUUGCGGAGCUGAAGCUCGGUUUCAUCGCCCAGAGCUGCCUGGCUCAGGGCCUCUCCACCAUGUUGGCCAACCUUUUUUCCAUGAGAUCCUUCAUCAAGAUUGAGGAAGACACGUGGCAGAAGUAUUACCUUGAAGGAGUAGCCAAUGAGAUGUACACGGAGUACCUGUCAAGUGCCUUUGUGGGCUUGUCCUUCCCUGUUAUUUGCGAACUCUGCUAUGUGAAGCUAAAGCUACUACUGAUAGCUAUAGAGUACAAGUCUGAUAUAAGGGAAAGCAGCACGCUGAUAAACCCUGGAAACCACGUGAAAAUGCAGGAGGGGACCUUGGGCUUCUUCAUUGCCAGCGAUGCCAAAGAAGUAAAGAGGGCACUGUUUUACUGUAAAGCCUGCCAUGAUGACAUUACUGAUCCCAAAAGGAUAAAGAAAUGUGGAUGCAAGAAAUCCAAGACGGCCGCCUACAAGAAAAUCAGACUGGCAUGUUGUUUUGAUUGCGGCCGCUCAGAGCGGGACUGCUCUUGCAUGCCAGUUAAUGUGCGUUGUAACAUGGACUCCCCUCAACGCGACAUCCCACUCUCUGCUGUCUCUGUUAAUGAUUGCUCAGCCACUUUACGUGCCUCUAAAAAUAGCUAUAAUGGAUAUAUCAAAUCAAUUGAAGAGGACCAACAGCUGGCAUUAUCGCCUAAAAAAAAGCAACGAAAUGGAAACAUGAGGAAUUCUCCAAACUCCUCACCCAAGAUAAUGAGACAUGACCCGCUCUUCAUCCCUGGGAACGAGCAGAUUGAGAGCAUGGACGAGAACGUAAAGAAAUACGACUCCACGGGGAUGUUUCACUGGUGCCCGUCCAAAGACAUCGAGAAGGUCAUCUUGACCCGGAGCGAGGCAGCCAUGACUGUUCUGAGCGGUCACGUGGUCGUGUGCAUAUUUGGAGAUGUGAAAUCGGCGUUGAUCGGCCUCCGAAACUUUGUCAUGCCGCUGAGAGCGAGCAACUUUCACUACCAUGAGCUGAAGCACAUCGUGUUUGUCGGCUCCCUUGAGUAUCUGAAGCGGGAGUGGGAGACUCUUCACAAUUUUCCAAAAGUCUCCAUUCUACCUGGCACACCGUUGAGUCGUGCAGAUCUGAGGGCUGUCAACAUUAACCUCUGCGACAUGUGUGUCAUUCUGUCAGCGAAUCAGAACAAUAUUGACGAUGCAUCACUGCAGGACAAAGAAUGCAUCUUGGCGUCACUCAACAUCAAAUCCAUGCUGUUUGACGACAGCAUCGGGGUCUUGCAGGCUAAUUCCCAAGGCUUCACACCACCAGGGAUGGAUAGAUCCUCUCCUGAAAACAGCCCAGUCCAUGGAUUAGUAAGGCAGACUUCUGUCACAACUGGAGCAAAUAUUCCCAUCAUAACAGAACUAGUGAAUGACUCGAAUGUUCAGUUCCUGGACCAAGAUGAUGAUGACGACCCAGACACAGAGUUAUACCUCACUCAGCCUUUUGCAUGUGGGACAGCCUUCGCAGUCAGUGUGCUGGAUUCCUUAAUGAGUGCUACAUACUUCAAUGAUAAUAUCCUCACCUUGAUCCGGACGCUGGUAACAGGCGGGGCGACGCCAGAGCUGGAGGGGCUGCUGGCAGAGGAGAAUGCAUUACGAGGCGGCUACAGCACGCCACAGACCCUGGCGAACAGAGACAGGUGUCGUGUGGCACAGCUGGCCUUGUACGACGGGCCCUUUGCAGACCUUGGGGAUGGCGGUUGUUAUGGUGACCUGUUUUGUAAAGCCCUGAAAACAUACAACAUGCUGUGCUUUGGUAUCUAUCGGUUAAGAGACGCACAUCUAAACAAUCAGAACCAAUGUACCAAACGGUAUGUCAUAACCAAUCCACCAUAUGCGUUUGAGCUGGUGCCCUCAGACCUGAUAUUCUGCCUGAUGCAGUUUGACCACAACGCUGGCCAGUCUCGAACCAGCCUCUCCCACUCUUCACAUUCGUCCCAUUCCUCCAGCAAAAAGAGCUCCUCCGUCCACUCUAUCCAAACCACCAACCGCACCAACCGCACUAAAAGCAGGGACUCGAGAGACAAACAAAAAAAAAAGACAUGGUUUACAGAUGAGCCAGAGGAUACCCACCUGAGGACCAUACAGAUCAAGCCUGUGAAUACACUCGCCGUCAACCAAGUCAGUCAGUAUAAAUCCACAAGCAGCUUGAUUCCACCCAUCAGAGAAGCAGAAGACGAGUGCUGAGCUCCAGAACUGCACUGACACCUGAAUGCUUCCCAGAAGACUUAGUGUGUAGGUGUCGGACUGGGACUCAGGAUAUCUUCUCAUCUUCAAACACAAAUCAUCCAUUAACAUUAGAAGGGACAAACCAUACUGCUUUCUUCAUUCACAUAUGCAGCAAGCCUAUUGUACAAGCAGAUUUAGAAACGUACAUGAAAUAUACAUGAAGACAAUCAUGGCCAAACGUCGCAACCACUCAUCUAUUAGCUUGUGCAGCUAAUCUUUAGUGGUGACCAGACUCCAUGACUUUUUUGUUCCAUUUUGGGGAAUGAGGGUCACUUGAAGGAGAACAGCAAUGUAAAAAUUCAAAGUACUACUACAAGAGGGGAUUAUUAUGAUAACUUGAUCAAGUUUUGCAAUUGUAAAAGUUGCCUUUUUAGCUGUUGAUGAAGAACUACUACUACUGCAUUUAUUAUACCCAGUGUUGCAGUAUUCUGUACAGUAUGUUAAAAUGUGUAUUUUACAUCCAGCUGCAGUCCCACCACAAUGGCGUUAAGUGACUGACUCUCAGUGAUUCCUUUGCCAUUUGGAGCUAAUUCACAACAUUUGUGACAGUUAAGAUGGCCAGUGUCCAUGUGUAAAUGGCAUUUGGCUCCAGCCUUAUCUCUAUCCAUUUAUAUUUGUCUUAUCUUUGCCUUUUUGAGUCGUUUGUUGUUAAUGUUUUCAUGUCACUGUCUGGUUGCAAUGUCCAAAACCCCAGAAAUCUUAAUAAGUAAAGCUUUUGAGUAUCUGCAACAUUUCUCCAGGGGUAAAAACUUUAGGAAUAUUCUUUUCUUUGUCAAUAGCCAAAUAUGAUGGAGCUGUUUUGUAUAUUAGAAAAUAACCAAAAGUCUCACACAGUUUCUAAAAGUGACAGAUCUAAUAAUUUACUUAAGACACAAUAGACAGUAAAGCCAAAUACUAUGAUAUUGCAUGGCACCCUAUUAAAAGUCUGUAGCUUAGUUGAAUGUGAAAGCCACAUAUCGCAUGAAGUGGGCAUCUUUAAGUCCUCCUUUGGCUGUAAGCACUGCUUGACACAGGAUUGUCUUGGAGGCCAUUAAGUGCUUAUAUGUACUCCAUGACCAAUCUUAAUGCCAUAAUCAGACAUGUUCAUGCCUGACAUGACAUAUUUUUUAGAUACUUGAAAAACAGCUCUAUCAUAAAAAGUGAUUUUGGCUAUUUUUGUGUUCUGAUAGAUUCUAUUUUGUUCGUAAACCAUCUUGGUGAUCAAUAUCAUAUCCGAUAUAAUGUCCACACGUCUAAUGAAACACGGGUCAUUUGUUUCAGUUUGUAAGAGCAUGAGACCAGAAUGCAGAGCUAAUAGUGGUUAUUAAUCUUGUCUUAUUUAAAUAAUACAACAUAGCUAUAUUGGCACUGUAGUCAUUUUACAUCAGAAUCAAUGAAGGGGAAAGAAAAGUUAAUAAAAAUUAAAAAAAACAACCCAAGCAAUCCUUAAAAUCCUUAAUCCACAGAGGAUGUGUCACAGUCCAGCCAAGGAUACAUGUUGGAUGUGAAAAGAGAGAGGUUGUGACAUUUUUACUGGCACAGAGAGCAUCAAAACUGCCCAUUCCUCAGUGCCAGUAAUGUGCCAGGCAGUGCCGAAGCCAAGGGAGGACUCCAGAAGACCCACUGCUGCGAAAAGAGGCUUCUAGUUUAGCUGGAUUGAACACAAAUUCACUUUUGCUGUGAGACUGAGAAAUGUACUCUUUGCUUUAAAUCUUGCCAGCUUAGAGACCAUUCUUUUAAAAAUGCAUCGUUGAAUUUGUUAUUAUGAGGUUGUAAUUCCCUGAAGAUAACUAGAACUCUAAUAAAUAAUUUGAAGUCUUAAAACUAUUUUUAAAUGACCCAUGGUCAAUAGCAGAUCCUUCUGCAAUUAAUUUUUAUGUACUCUUCAAAGAAAUCUUUAAAGCUUAAUGUAAAAUAUUUCUUUCUAGUGUGUUCUUGUUAGACAGUACCUGUGGGGUAUAGAGACAUUCAGCAUUGCAGUCUAGUUUGUAUUAUUUUGUGAUAUUUUUUUUAGCACAUGACUUGUGGAUACAAUGACAGUGCUAAGUUGAUUUUCUGACUAUGUCAUAAUACCCAAUAAUAAAUACAGUUUAUUGUCUUGUACAAAUAGGCUUGUACAUAAAUUGUACAUGAUUUCAUUUUGUAUUUUCACAAAUUAAAAGCUGAUGUAUUGUGUUCUA